GGCCAGAAAUUGUUAUCCAAGGCAUCAGACCAGACGACAAGUUUUCACAUACAUAUUAUGGCUAUGGUAAAGUCGGAAUUCUUUGCACAGGGGAAGGAGGCAACUUAACACGUGUUUUUUGGAACAGAACAGACGACAAUGGCAACAGUAUCAUUUUAAAUACAACUAGCCUGGAUCAUCAUAGUCGUGGAAUAUGGCAAGCUAAAUUGGUGUAUAGACCAAACCCUUUAAAUCUAUCGUAUACCUACAAAUGUAUUGCCGAAAACAAAUGUUGUCCAACCGAAAUAUCGGAACCGCUACCAAUUUCUUACAAUCCAACAUUCAGUAAGUUUCCCAAGGACCAAGAUAAUAAAAGUUUUAUUUUAUUGUGUAACCUAAAUAUACUCUAGCCUGUAUUACUUGAGCUCUACCAGGGCGUUUUAAGAAUUCAUCAUCGAUAACUUUCACGGAAAAUUUUAUACAGUUGUUUUUCAAGUUUUGGCAGUUUUGAAGGCUUUAUUUGAGGCUGUGUGCAUGCUUAUUUCAUUUCCAGAAUUUUACACACAUUACUUCAAGUAUUCUUAACUAUUUCAUGUAGGCUUACACAAAGCGUUCGGUGUCAAAGAGAAGAUUGAUUUAGGGAAUAUUUCAACGCUCUUGUACCUUUUUUUUCUUUUUUUGGCCCGAGUUGGACAUCGGCACAUCGUACAAGUACCUUUUUUGAAUCUGCCACAGAAAAUUGAUCGGUGGCACUAAAUCAUAUUCAAUGGUUUCGGAACAUGAUAGUACUUUCAUACCUUACUACAAAACGUGCCGUUACAUAUGAAAAGUCGUUAUAUUGAAAAGUUGUUGCAUAUGACCCAGGUUGUGCUUGUUGUUACUUAACUGGUAAUAUCGAGAUUUUAACGUUGUAAACCAGAAGAAAAAAACAAGGCACCAUUUUAAUAGUGUAGAUCACCAUUAACUAAAGCAAACCGAUUUCCGUUCGGCUAUAGUGAUUCCCAGCAAGCCUUUCGCGCUUGUAUUCGACUUUUCCACUUUGCUCGGGGACAGUUUUAAUUGAAAGAGCCGUAUAUGUAUAUGUGUAUGUAUAUAGCUAUGUAUAUAUGCAUAUAUCAGCGUGUGCGUCUCUCUCUAAAUACAUGACUUUCAUAUUAAAUAUUUGCUAGCCAAAAUGUGAUUUUAAUUCUGCUUUCCAGACUGUCAUUUCGGUUUGGGCUUUGGUGUUUUGAAAGAACUAUACGAGAUAAUCGCUAUUCCAAAGAAACGUUCAGUUAAAAUUUCUUGGAAGUACGAUUCUGAUCCUGAAGACACAGGUUUGGUAAUUGGACUAUCAGGUUCAUCUCAAGACAAAAUUACAUUCAACGUCACUGCACGGGAAUACGUCUUUCGUGACUUAG